GUCCCCUUUUUUUAUCCUCCCCUGACUUUUAUUAAAAACUCUUUUUUCCACAAAGCCAAUGUCUGAAGCAACUCAAAAGCCUCUUCCUUUUGGAUUUCAAUUUUUGGCAGGCGCCAUUGCUGGUGUCUCUGAAAUUCUAGUCAUGUAUCCUUUAGAUGUUGUCAAAACUAGAGCACAAUUGAGUACGAGCGCGAAUACUGGCAUUGUCACCACAUUUAAAAAUAUGAUUAAAAAUGAAGGAGCGGCUUCUUUAUAUCGUGGUAUUCUACCACCCAUUAUGGUAGAGGCUCCCAAGCGUGCUACUAAAUUUGCUGCGAAUGAACAAUAUACGUUGCUCUACAAGAAAUUGUUUGGAUUUGAAAAAGUGACACAAUCCUUAUCUAUCUUGACCGGUGUCAGUGCUGGUGUAACUGAAGCUUUCAUUAUCGUGCCCUUUGAAUUGGUCAAAGUGAGAAUGCAAGAUAAAGCCAAUGUGGGUAAAUAUAAUGGUACAGUAGAUACCAUUCAAAAGAUUGUCCGUGCAGAAGGAACGCUUGCUAUGUUCAAUGGCUUGGAAGCUACCAUGUGGAGACAUGCUGUAUGGAACGGUGCUUAUUUCGGUCUUAUUUUCACAGUCAAGGAUAUGCUGCCUAAAUCAAAGGAUGUCAAUCAACAACGUAUGACCAAUUUCGCCGCUGGUACCCUCGGUGGUAUCGUCGCCACUGCUAUCAAUACACCCUUCGAUGUGGUAAAGACACGUAUUCAAGGUUAUAAUGGCAUUGGACCCAAAAAGUACAACUGGACUUUGCCUGCACUAGCUACUGUUGCAAAGGAAGAAGGUGUUGCUUCCUUAUACCGUGGUUUCUUACCAAAAGUACUGAGAUUAGGCCCUGGUGGCGGUAUCCUUUUGGUCGUAUUCGAAACCGUAUCUUCUUUCAUCAGAAAAAACAUUUUGAAAGAGUAAAACAAACCCAUAUGGACUGAAAUUAAUUUUGUACUUAUUAUUUAACUAUUAUGCAACAAGGAUUAGUGUUUCCAUAGCCGUAAAAAAGCAUUUUGGGAAUAAACAUCCAUCUAUAGACUUUUUUCUUAUUAUUUGACUCGAUGUGUGCACAAAAGCUACUCUCACUCUUGUCUCAAUAGAUCAAAGAACCGUUGUUAUCCAUCACAUUUAAAAAAAUACACUUUUUGAUCUCGUUCACAUUGAAAAAGUGACUGGAUGUUUUUUUUCCCCGCGCUUACAUUUCCACCUUUUUU